CCCAACUCCCGCGCCAUGCCCCCGCCACCAACAACGGCACCCAGCACGCGAAGACGCUGGGUGCCCAUCAACGUCCCCCCACCCGCCAAGCAGCCGACACCAGCGCCGAUGCUCCAGCUGCCCACGCCGGCACCGAGCACACACAGCGAGGAGAGCGACGCGGCGCAGCCGUGCGCGCUGGUGCGCGCGACCGACCCACUACCGUUCCCGUGUAACCAGUGGAAGUUUACGCUCAUGCGCGAUCCGCUCACCGCCGACGAGAUCAAUGCCGUCUUCGCCAAUGCCGAGCGCACGCUGCGGAGUGCUGGCGGUGGGUACCUUCCCCCAGCGGCGCCAGACCUAGCUCACGCCGCCCCAGUCACGCCCUACGCCAUCACGGUCCGCAACGGCCACCGCCGCGUCGACCUCGGCCUCGCGCGCGGUAUCGUGCGUGUCCGCUUCGCCGCCACCGUCUUCCUCGAUCAAGUCGUGCUUGAGCUCCUCGGGCGGGGGAUCGAGCGAGCGUGCGGCGUCGCGAGCGAGGACAGCGACUCGGAGGACGACGAGGAUGCCGACGCAGAGGCGUUUGCUGUCAAGGCUGCCUUUGCGCACCUCACUGCCGAGGACGCCGACGGGUAGCCUGGCCUUCGCCGGCUGCUGCUGCGGCAUCACCGACGCCGCCGCCUUCCUUCCCGGUCCAGUCAACCGGCCUUCCCUUCCCUUGAUCGCCGACGCCCCCAUCACCUUCGCGCCCAUCACUCCAGCGCCGCGCCAAUCACCCACUCACUCCCACUCACCUCCACCCCGACUCUCCACUGCAUGCUCGCAAAGUUGUCUCCUGUCAUCCACAAGUCUCCUGUCACCACUGUGCAUAUGUACCAUCCACACCCAGAUGUAUCCCUC